CGAGCAGUACCAGAAAGCCCGGACCCAGUUCGUGCAGAUGGUUGCGGAGCUGGCGACCAGACCCCAAAACAUCGAGACGCUGCAGAACGCGGGUGUAAUGUCUUUGCUGAGGCCUCUUCUUCUGGAUGUGGUCCCAACAAUUCAACAGACUGCUGCUUUGGCUCUUGGGAGACUGGCCAAUUAUAAUGAUGACCUCGCAGAAGCAGUUGUCAAGGGGGACAUUCUUCCACAGCUCGUUUAUUCGUUGGCAGAACAGAAUCGUUUUUACAAGAAAGCAGCGGCCUUUGUGUUACGAGCAGUUGGUAAACACUCUCCUCAGCUGGCUCAGGCAGUGGUUGACUGUGGAGCACUGGAUACACUGGUGAUAUGCUUGGAAGAUUUUGACCCCGGAGUCAAGGAAGCUGCAGCCUGGGCACUUGGAUAUAUUGCAAGACAUAAUGCAGAACUGUCACAAGCUGUGGUGGAUGCGGGAGCUGUUCCUCUUUUAGUACUCUGUAUCCAGGAGCCAGAAAUUGCUUUGAAAAGGAUUGCUGCCUCAGCCCUCAGUGAUAUUUCAAAGCAUUCUCCAGAGUUAGCACAGACAGUAGUGGAUGCAGGAGCCGUUGCUCACUUAGCCCAGAUGAUCCUCAACCCUGAUCCUAAACUGAAGCGUCAGAUCCUUUCAGCUCUCAGUCAGAUUGCAAAACACUCUGUGGAUCUGGCAGAAAUGGUCGUUGAAGCAGAGAUUUUUCCAGUGGUACUUACCUGUCUGAAGGACAAAGAUGAAUACGUGAAGAAAAAUGCUUCUACUUUAAUUAGAGAGAUUGCAAAACAUACGCCUGAGCUUUCACAGCUGAUAGUGAAUGCAGGAGGCGUUGCUGCUGUGAUUGAUUGUAUUGGGUCCUGCAAAGGGAAUAUCAGGCUGCCUGGCAUCAUGAUGCUUGGAUACGUAGCAACUCAUUCAGAGAACCUAGCGAUGGCGGUGAUCAUUUCCAAGGGUGUACCCCAAUUGUCAAUCUGCUUGUCAGAAGAACCAGAAGAUCAUAUUAAGGCUGCUGCUGCUUGGGCCUUAGGACAGAUUGGGAGACACACUCCUGAACAUGCACGGGCUGUCGCAGUGACAAAUAUUUUGCCAGUUCUGCUUUCUUUGUACUUGUCAACAGAAAGUUCUGAGGAUCUUCAAGUAAAAAGUAAAAAAGCCAUAAAGAACAUUCUACAAAAAUGUACCUACCUACCAGCCCUUGAACCAUUUCUGUAUGAAGCUCCUCCUAAUAUUCUGAAGCAUGUGGUCGGACAGUUCAGUAAGGUGCUUCCACAUGAUAGCAAAGCUCGACGACUUUUUGUAACAAGUGGGGGACUUAAAAAGGUUCAAGAGAUAAAAGCAGAACCUGGUUCUCUCCUUCAAGAAUACAUCAACAAUAUUAACAAUUGUUAUCCAGAGGAAAUAGUAAGGUAUUAUUCCCCUGGAUUUUCAGAUACACUUCUGCAGAGGGUGGACAGCUAUCAACCACUUACUAACUAAGUAAAAUUAUAUUUUUAUACUCGAAUUCACAGCAGAGAUUUUAGGAGCAACAGUUGUUAAUGCUCUUUCUAAGUAUUUGAAUUAAGUACAUUCUAGAUUUAUUCAAUGUGAAAUACCUUUAGAUAGUAUUUUCUAAAUUAAUAUAAUACUUUAAAAACUAGUAGCAUGAAUAUGAGGAACUGUUUAUGGUCAUUUGCAUGCAUAUGAUUUGCUCUAAAGAUAGAUUUUAAAAAACAUUAAAGGGUUUUUAGGCAUUGGUUAUUGUUGUUAAAAACCACACACACUCUUACCACUCCCCCACAUACACACCCAUCCAACUAGAUAUAGAUGAGAGAUGGUGUUCAAAAAUUUGUAGUUAUUUUGGCCGAUUCCUCAUAGGCAUAGGCAAGGAAAACUGGCUUUGCAAAUUACACAGUGGGAUAUAGAAAGGAAAUUGUUGGAAGAGGAAACUGAUGCCAGGAAUACAGGACACUUGAAAGACUCUGAUGCUGGUUACCUAAAUGCAUUACCUUAACACACAGAAUCUAUGAAUAAAUUGUCAGGUUUUCCUAAGAAUUUAGGAAGGCUCUCUUUAUUACAAGUUUUCAGAGCUCUCUUCUCUUCACCCUUCCUGAAGUUUUCCUUACCUUUCAUGGGGCUGGAGAGUGUAGAAGUCAGUAUUAAGUGUUAUACUCCUGCAGACAUGCUUUCCAUUCUCAUUGAGGUUUCUUAGUCUAGCUCUGCUCAUGAAUGAACAAGAAAGCAGGCAUGUAAAAUCGGUCCUCGGUAUUCCCUUGUCUAGCUUCACUUUCCUAAGUUUCAGUAGUCACAUUUUCAGGAACUUAAGGAAUAAUUUGAGAAUACCAUCAGGCUCUGACUUUACAUGCAUUUUCACUUAGGAAGCUGUAAAGGAAUCAAAGGAGGUUUCAAUAAAAUUUUAAAUAAAAACAGCA